AUGCCAGGAUUAUUUGAUUUGGAAAGUCAUUUAGUAUUUUACCGUUCAUAUCAUUUCAAUCAUACCAAUGUAACAAUUCAUUUGAUUUGUAUCCCCAUUAUUUUAUUAUCAACAAUCACAUUUUUAACUCCAGUGACAAUCAAUUUUGGUGGACUUAUCAAUAAUUCUGAUUAUAAUUUGGGGACAUUAUUAGCUUGGAGUUAUGGAAUUUAUUAUAUUUUAUUAGAUUGGAAAAUUGGUUUACCUUCAGCUAGUGUUUUAUUUAUUUUCGCUCAUUAUAUUAAACAAUAUUAUUUGACAUUAUCUGAAACUAGUGUUCCUACAAGUAAUGAAUUUGUGAAAAUUGCUGUUGCAUUACAUGUAUUUUCUUGGUUGGCACAAUUUUAUGGACAUGGAGUACAUGAGAAAAGAGCUCCAGCUUUAUUAGAUAAUCUUUUACAAGCACUUGUUUUGGCUCCAUUCUUCGUUGCCUUUGAAAUUGCAUUCUUUUUAGGAUAUCGUAAAGAUUUGAAGAAAAAUAUGGACAAUAGAGCUGGAGUUUUGAUUAGAGAUUAUACCAAACAGAAAAAGCAAACAUAA